UUUUCUUUCUUUCUCUCCUCCUGCCCCUUGUCGGUCUUUUAUUUUUGGAGCCCAUCCUUCUGUUUUCCGGUGCAGUUCUGGCUGUGUGCGCUUGAUAUGCUGCCGCAGAUGACGGACCGCAGGCUUGCGCCUCCUGUGCCCGCACAUCCCCGCUCACUCUGACACACACGCACGCACACGAACCGACAGUGGCUGUUCUCGCUUCCUGGUCUCCGGAAUCAGAGAAGCUUUUGGAUUUAUCAGCCGGUGUUCUCUCGUUCAGGCGGCGGUGUGUGAGGAGCUGCGGAGAUAACUGGUGGUAACAUGAGACCUGCUGGAGGGAGAUGUCAGUCCCUUCCAACUUGCACCCAAUCUAUAAUGGUGGGGAUUUAAACACGAGUCUUCACCUCUCCUCCCAGGGACAGUCCUCUGCAGCCAUUCUCUGAUCACAGGCCUGGCAUCUUUCAUCCAUUCAUCCCUCUCUCCAUUCAUUUUUUCCCUGUCAUGAAAGGCCUGUCCAGUAGUCGGAGUCACCAUCAUAUGGUCUCCUAUGAGCCAUCAUACAAUCCAUUGGGUCACCAUGUUGACCGUAAGCCAUAUUUGUUCGGCCAGAUGGAUAUGCCGUUGCCUAUUCCUAUGCCACACCCAUCUGAGUUGCCCUAUUACAAUGCUCAGCGUGUUUCAUAUCCUUCUGAAAGCAACAGCAUUGUCCCAUAUGGAACCUUCCCACGGAGGUGUCACUCCACCUCCUCAGCUCACCAUCCUGAGGUAAAGGAUGAGUGUAUGGCCAUGGUGCCAUAUGUAGGUGGAGGAGGAAGAGGAGGAGGAGGGGGAGGAGGCUAUGGGGGUAAAUCUCAGUCUUGGGUACCAGUAAAUUUUGCUGACCCGUAUGAGCAACAGCCGAUAUUUUCCAGAGAUGGCUACCACACACUGCAGUACAAACGAGGAGUGUUGUCCCACGCUGGGGGCAUAGGAGCCAAUGACAACAAUGACAGUCCUGGGCGAAUUCGCCAUCUGGUCCACUCAGUCCAGAAACUCUUUACAAAGUCACAUUCAUUGGAAGGGCCCCAACACACUCAGUCAUCAAAAGGGCCAACUAAUGGGAGUGUGUAUGGUGGUGGUGGAGGAGGUAGCUGUGGUGGUGGUGCAAGGGCCAGCCCAGAAGGUGCAGCUCCUCCUGGGGCAGUGCGCCACCGGAAGCGCAGCAAGAGCCGUGAGCGCUGUCGAUCAGCAGAGCCCAAACAUCGAAGCUACCACCACCACCACCAUCCCCAGCUUCAUGGCUCAGCAUCUGCUCCGGGAUCUGGAUACUGGAGCUCAGAUGACAACCUGGAACGGGAGCUGUGUCUUUACCACCCUCAUCAUCACCAACCUCCACCCUCACCCUCCCUCUCUAUUUCCCCCUCACCUAUUGCUAUGACAACAGGCCAGUGCCCUGGCAACAACCCCGAUAAGUAUCCCCAGACUCCCCUCCCAAAUCUCUCCUCCUCGCAGUCCCAACACUACUUCAUCAUGGACCCCUAUGGGACAGUUAACGAGCAUGCACACACCCAUGCACGCCACGGCCACACUCACCACCACUCUGCACUCAAAGCCUCUCGGAGCAACAGCGAUGUGAAAUAUACAGCUUCAUCUGCAUGUAUGCCAGUUAGUGGUAACAGCAAUAAGAGCGAUGGCUGUAUCGGUGGAGGAAGUGGCCCCUUGCUGCCACUGGGUCUUGUGGACGGGCCUAUUGAGAAGAAAGGGGCAUGGUCAUCAAGCCUAACGGUGAGCAGGGCCCAAGAGGUCUACACCAACACCAGCAGCCACAACCAGCUACGAACCAGCGCAGGAUCCGGUAACCUAAACCUAGAUAGAGCUCUAGUCAAAUCUAAGGGCAGUCAGCAGCAGGACCCUUCUUGCCAAUUCUUACAGGUACCUCAAGAUGAGUGGAGUGGUUUUUCUCCUCUGGGGAAAGAGGAUGACAUUCCCUGUCGAAGGAUGAGGAGUGGCAGCUAUGUGAAAGCCAUGGCUGAGGAUGAUAGCGGAGACUCUGAUGGAAGUCCCAAACCUUCACCGAAGAUGCAGGCACGUCGCGCCAGCUACCUUAAAGCUACACAGCCGUCACUUACUGAGAUGACCACACUACAAAUUUCCACAGAGCACUCCCCCAAACUGCAGAUCAGGAGUCACAGUUAUUUGCGUGCUGUGAGUGAGGUUUCAAUCAACAGAAGCCUGGAUACACUGGAUCCUAAAACUCUCCUUGACCCCAAAUCACUGCUGUCUUCGCCCCAAUACCGGUCACGCAAUGAAAGCUACAUGAGAGCCAUGAGCACCAUCAGUCAGCUGAGUGAGGUUGAAGUGAAUGGGCAGAUUGAGCAAGUAUGUGAGCAAGUCUAUAGCGAGAUGCAAUCUCAAGCUAUGGACGCAGGCAUGGAUAGCUUGGAAACUAUGGACACCCUGCCUAUGCCAGGUUGCUUCCGUAUGCGUAGCCCCAGUUAUGUGAGGGCAAUCGACCAAGGAUGUGCCUCAGAGGAUGAAGGACCAGGAGGAAGACCUCUGCUGCUACUUCCAUCCUCACCACCACGCACAACUGCCACAACUGUCAGGACCAUCCAAAGCAGCACAGUAUCGUCUUGCAUUACUACCUAUAAGAAAACCCCUCCACCAGUGCCACCACGAACCUCCACCUGCUCUACAGCGUCCAAGCCAUAUAUCUCUAUCACAGCCCAAAGCAGCACAGAGUCCGCACAGGAUGCCUAUAUGGAAGAUGAAGGGCCCAGAGGAGACAUGACAAUCCAGUCAGGGCUCAGCAACUCAACGGAGAGUAUUGACAGCAUGAAGGCCUUGACAGCUGCCAUAGAAGCUGCUAACGCUCAGGUGCAUGGACCAGCCAGUCAACAUGUCAGCAACAGCACGAUGACAGUCAGCACUGCCAGUUCCCCACAUCUCAGCAGGGGGCAAGUUGUAGAAGAACAUCGGGAUGAAUACAGAAAAGAAGCACUCAGGAAGGGGAAAUGUCUCUCCAUAGGCAUCCAGGUUGAUGGACCAGAAGAGAUUCCAGAUCCAGAAGACCCCUCCAAGUUCACAUCUGUGGGGGUGCAAGUGGAGGAUGAUCGAGGAUAUCGAAGGCUUCAGCGCUCCAACAGUGUGACAGCAGCUGUACAGGCAGAUCUAGACCUGCCAGACCUCCUAGACACUCCCCUAGACUCUCCACACCCUCACAGAGGACGUCUGGCCUCCUGUGGCAUGUCUCGGAAGUAUUCCCGCGAUGCAGCCACCUCCACCGUCAGCAUUCAAGGCUCAGGGAACCAUUACCAUGCCUGCACCUCAGAUGAUUAUGAUGAUGUUGGUUUUGACCCGUCCAUCCUCCCCCCGCCUGACCCCUGGAUAGAUACUGUUACUGAUGACUCACUUGAUGCAGACUUCAACAGCUCUGCUAUUCUGGAGGUGGUACAACGGUCGGUCUGUCAGAGAGAUGGACGCUGGUUCCUGAAGCUUCUUCAAGCCGAGACCGACCGCAUGGAGGGAUGGUGUCAGCAGAUGGAGCUUGACCAGCGGGAGAAUGAGUUGCCUGAAGACAUCCUGGAAAAGAUGAGAACUGCUGUUGGAAGUGCUCAGCUUUUGAUCUCCCAGAAGUUUCAGCAGUUCAGGGAGUUAUGUGAAGAGAACCUGAACCUCAGCAUUCAUCCUCGUCCUGUGGCCUCAGACCUGGCUGGCUUUUGGGAUAUGCUUCAGCUGUCUAUUGAGAACAUCAGCCUCAAGUUUGAUGAGCUUCACCAGCUGAGGGCCAACAACUGGAGACCGCUGGACCCUCCCGAUAGAAAGGAGAGGCGACUUCCACCUCCUGUGCCCAAAAAACCACACAAGGUUGUCCCCCACCACCACCCACCACUUGCCAGAGACCGUUCACUGGAGAGCUCAGAGAAGCAGCGGCAGGAGGCGAGAAAGAGGCUGAUGGCUGCCAAGAGAGCAGCGUCAGUUCGCCAGAACUCAGCAACAGAGAGCGCUGACAGCAUUGAGAUUUACAUUCCUGAAGCUCAGACAAGGUUAUGAAGACAUUAACAUGGACAUAUUAUGGUUGGCAAAAAGUACCCAGGUACACACACCCGACAUAAAACAAAACAUGUAUGAUUGUCCACACCAAGUUACAGUGGGACAAACUAAUGUGAAUAUUUUAGUUAUUGAUUUUUUUCUGUAAUUUUUCCAUCUUCAGUUUUGAUCUCAUCAGUUAUGUGUGUUGAAGUAGCAACAGAAGUUCUACAGGUCCGUUUUUUAACGAGCAAUUUCUCUGUUGUGUGAAUUGUAAUAAAAAGGAACUUUUUUAUAAGUUUAAGUUUACAGUAGGUGUAAACUUCUAUAAGUUCAUUUCCAUUUCCAAAACUUCUAUUUUAAAAUCCAAUACAGGGAUGGGGCUAAAUCAAAUCACCUGUUAUUCUUUACAUGCUGGAUUACGUUGUUGGAAUACUUUCCCGUCUGACCUCACAUACCAAACUGCUGACAUAAUUGGCUGCAACCUGCUGUUAGUAAGAAGUGCACAACCUUCCUUAACCCCACUGAAAAUAAAUGACCAGCUUCUGCAGCUCAUGCUGUGAAACACCUAGUUCAACAGUUUAAUAUUGUAAUUUGGUAAUAUUUAAAUAAGAACAGUUUGACUUGUUUGGAAAAAUAAUAUUUAAGCACCCUUAAGCUGUUAUCUUAAAAGUUCUAUUCAUGUGGCCCUCUAGGAUCUAGAGGCAGGCUAGAUUUGGCCCCCAGGCCUUGAGUUUGACACAUAUGAUCUAGAAUAAUUUUUUUAAAUGGUAUUAAGUGUUUAAUUAAACAAAUUAGAAGUUUUGCAAUCAAGUAAUGUUGUAAUGUUGCUGAACUUUGACAUGACCAGCAGCAACCUCAGAUCUUAGGGCUGCCCCACAGAGUGCCUGAGGCAUGAUGGGAGCAUCACUUCUUCUGCUUCUCUUCUUACCCUGAUGCGCCCGUCACUCUGGAAAAGGGCAAAUCUGGACUCAUCAGAUCACAUGACCUUCUUCCAUCGCUCUAGAGUCCAAUCUUUAUGCUCCCUUUCAGAUUAAAGGCAUUUUUUCCAGUUUGCCACUGAUCACUGAUAAGUGGUUUUCUUAUGGUUGCUGCUGUUCAUUCUCAAUCACUGGAGUUCUCUUCACAUUGUGUGGAAAUGCCAUUACUUAUCCCAGAGUUUUGCUGUUGUUUUCCUCGAUUUCAUGUCACCAAGCGUUUUGCUGAUCACCAAUUCUGAUCAUUCAGGAUUUUCUUUUUGACCACAUUUCUUACCCACGUUCCCUACAAUUGUUGAUAAUACCUUGGACAGUUCUCAACGUAAUGGUUUCUGCAUCACUUAGAUGUUUUCUCUGCUUAAUACCAAACAAACUAACACCUUUUCCAUUAACACAGGAUAUGUUUUUUCACAUGGUUUAAGAAAUGAGAGACUAAGCAUUACAUCAGCUGAUAAUUACCCAAGCAGUAAUUGCCCAGUAGGAGGUUUGUACCUAUUUACAGGUUCCCACUUUUUUGGAGCAUUGAUUGAGUUGCUCAGAUUGUGAUACCACAGCUGUGAGAAUAGUGGCAGGAUUGUUCAAUAUGGCAAACUGUAUUGUCUCAUAAAAAUAUUCUAAUAAAAAUGGUAGAGUAGAGUAACUAACCCACUUGAGCUGUCAACAGUCCACUCUCACAAAAAUACAAAAUAGUUCACAAGAAUUAAUAUUAUGAGUCACUUAAUAGACAACUGGUCUAAUUUUUAAGAUGUAACACACCUCUAGUUAAAGACCUGUAAAAUGCACUCUUAAAGUUGAGUAGUAAAUAGGCAAGGAAACAACUGGCUGUGGGUGAUGAUAUUGCAGACAGCUGCACAAGGUCUCUGAUGUCAUCUAAUGCUCAGUCAGUAGAAUAGCACACUAAUCUUGGGUUUAUGGCCUAACUCACUUUUUUUCUGAGGCUACCUGACCUAACUAAGCAGGACAAAUAAACAAACACCCCCACCUCCCCCGAAAAAGAAGCAAAUGCCGUAAUCUUUAACCCUUGUCCUUCCCCAUCCAUUUUCUUCUUACAUUUGGGAAGCUGAAACACCUAGGUUCAAUGCUACUUGACACUCGUCUGGCAUUUGCAAAGCAACCAAUUCACGAGCACCAUUCAUUUUCCUUGUUGCUGAUUGACCCAAGGACGGUGAUGAUGAAGACUUUGACUAUUAUUUCCUCCAGUAAUGCCAAGUCGGCUCCGCUGUGUUUAUAAAUACAUGUUAAGACAUAAGGGUUUCUUCUGGUUAUUAAUACAGUCCAAUCCAAAACAACUUUUACUUUUCUGACUGUAUGAACCUCAUCCUCUGUGAAGAGAGCCCAGUCAUGUUGUCUGCUCACUAGCAGACAGACAUUGGAAGCAUUUGGAAAAAAUAGGAUGGAAUUUAAUUGCUUAAUCCAAUAAUUAUUAUGUUACCAAACCAUAAAAGAUUAUGAAUGGACCAGUUCAUAUAAACUAACUGUUUUGGUUUCUCCAUAUUUUUAUGCUAUUUUAUUGUUGCAGCAUAAAUCAUACAAUUCUUCCUUAGUAAGACAUAAACUUUGUCUUUUUUUCCAUCAAACAAGUUCAAGUAUUUUGUUCCAAAGAAACUAGUCCCAGUUGGGUCUAGAAAACCACUGUCAAGAAGCAGUUUGGUUAUAUCCAGCUCACAGCUACGUUAUCAUGUCAGUAACACAUGUUUGAUGAUAAUCUGUGAGAAACAUGGUACAGACUGACUCCCUGCCCGCCUGUGUAGUGGAGGUGAACUUUCUUUUUAGCAACUUUUAACUCUCCUGUUUCCUAAACAUCAAAGUGUUAUGUUGAUACACUACUUUGCCAAAGUAUUCAUACCCAUUCCACAUAUUCUCAAUUUUAAAGUCUUGCCACAAAGUUUCCGUUGAGUUUACAGGUCUGGACUUUGUGCCAUUUCAGCACAAACAUAUUCUUGGAUCUAACGAUUCAGUUCUGUUCAGGUUGUAUGUGUAAGACUGAUUCUACUCGAAAGUGAAACUCUGCCCCAUUCUUUCUUUUUUUUGCCAACUUCAUCCAUCUUUGCAUCAACUCUGAGCAUUUAUCAGGAUGAACAAAAGCAACUCAACAAAGUGAUGCUGUGACCAUGUUUCUUUGUGGGGAUUUGGGGAUGGACCACAUCUUUGUGGUACCGUGUUGGUGAAAGAUUUUGGUCUGAUCUGACCAGGACACCUUCUUCCAAAUGAUUACUGUGUUCCCUGCAUGGCUUGUGACAUAUGGAUUUUUUAAGCAAUAGCUGUCUUCUUGCCACUCUCCUGUAGAUGUCACAUUAGCAGAAUCCACAUCAAAUUGUUUUUCCCUGUACAGAUUCUUUUACCUAAGAAGCUGGAGCUCCUCCAGAAUCAGUUACACACAUGUCCAGACUCUGGUUACUCAUUAGGAAACUUCUGGAGGCAAUUUGCACUGAAUUUUAUUUUUGAGACGUCCAUGUAGAGGGAAAAUAUAAAAUUAUUAGAGUAUGUUCAAAUUGGAUAGGUCACAAUGUAAUAAAAAAAAUUGUGCUUAUAACUAAAUCUGAAAAUGUUCAGGAGGUCUGAGUGUGCUUGCAAGGUGCUUUAUGUCAGCCUAGAGUUAUUUUCGCAUUUUAUCAUCAUCAUAACCAUAUUUUUAUUCUAGACACAUGAAAAGGUCCCUAAUAAAGACAUAACACAAACACAUACAACAGAUAAAAAAAGAUAGUAGGUUCUAAAAGAAGUACACAGCACAUAAUAUUGUUCACUGAGUCACAAAUAAAUAAUGCCAGUGGUUCCACAAUCUUGAGGCAAAUCUAACUGUACACAGUGAAGGGUUUACUAAAAUUCAAAUUAUAUUACGUUCAUAUAUACAUUUUUUAUACUGUAAGUUGUAAUUCCCCUGUGAACCAGUUUACACUAUGUAAUAAUAAUAUUAUUAAUAAUAAUAAUAAUAAUAAUGAUAUAUAAGCCUCUUGAAUUACUUUUACUUUGUAAGAGUAUUUCAAAUACUACUAGGAACAAUUGUAAUAACUUUGAGGUAACUGUGGAAUUAUAAAUGUUUAAACUGCCUCUAAAUGUGAAUUUCAUUUAUUUGUCAAGGGACAGUGUAAUCCAUAUUAUAUAAUGUAAAUGUGCCAGAGUGAGAAAAUGAGAAUAUUGUGAAAAUGUUGAACAUAGCUUCCAAUGUUGAACUUUUUGACAGUAUUUUUCAUUUCUGAGACACUUAAUAUAUAUGCCGUAUUCAUCAAAAUUGCAAAAAAAUAUCUUGAAAUACUUCACUCUGUGUAAUGAAUCUAUGAAACAGAUAGAUUUCACUUUCUGAAAGGAGUGGAAAAAGUAACUUAUUUCACUAUAUCCUAGUAUUUAAAAAAAAACGUAUUUAUCCAAAAUCUGCAAAAUAAAAAGUACUGCAAACCAAGUACCAUAAGUCAGAAUGUCUUGUUCAAGAGUGGAUAAGCACUGGAUCAGUUCUAAUGUCUAUUUUUCAGUCUUCUACUAACAUUCUUAAGGAGGUGACAAUCUUACAAACAUUAGACAAAUAUAUUUGCACACAAUCAAAAAGCUAGAUCAGAUUAUAGGGUACAUAUACAUAUACAUAUACAUAUGAUGAGUUCGAGAACUUAGGUUAGCUCUUUCAUGUCUUUAGAUUUUAGCAAUCUAAAGACAGAUUCUGGAAAAAGCAACUUUGAUCAUUUCCUUUGCUGCCCAUAUGAACAGUUCUUCAGAACUUAAUGAAUCAACCAACUUCAACCCAGUUUUUAAAUUAGUUUCUAGUUACUUGGCAAACUGAGAUGUAUUUUUAUAGUCCUGAGCAUUACUCUUCUUUUACAACCCAUUUCAGUUUUAAAGCUUCCCAUGUCCAACAUUGCACAAAUAGUUUCAUUGAAGUAAAAAAAUAUUUAUAACUUCCUUGUACAGAAUAGAAAGCCAUCAGUUAAGGAGCAAGGUGCUAAUAGAAUCCUAAUGGUGAAUGGGGGAACAUAGAAAAGCUGAAUUCUCGUAUCACCACCAGCUUUAAUAUUUUUUAGCAGAUUUUCUCUUUUGAAACCUGCUGACUUGUGCCGUACAAAAUCAUUUGGACUAAACACAAACCAUUGUUAAUCCCAUGGUAUUGCCAAAAUGUUGCACACAUCUUUCUGAUAAUCUCUUUGUUCGCUAGACAGAUCAAGAUUAAAACAAGUCUUGUGAUGGCUGAAAUGGGAGAGAGUAAUCUACUCUUAAACCUGGCAGAUCUUAAACAGAUAAGAUCUGCCUGGGAUUUUGGCAGCAGUACUACCUUUUGUUUCUUCUCACACCAGAAGAACAGUGUGGCAAUUUAUUAUGAAUAAACACUAGAUGUUAACUACAGAACCUGCAGAUAACUCUCACGAAAGACUCAGGUCAGAAGAAGCACUUUGACUUCAACCUUGUGCUGUUAAACUUAUCAAUAUUAACAAGACAACAAUACAAAACUAGAGAUCAGUUUUAUCUUUUGAUAAUUGCUAAAUCCUGUCCUCAUAGUUAUUAUUUUUAGCAGAAGCAGAUUCAGUGAAAAAUAUGCCAUUUCAAAUAAUCAUUACUUUUCCAUCUACUCUGGUUUUUCAGGGUUACAUUUCUUUAUUCUAUUUGAGGUUCUUUGUCUAAAAAGAGAAGAAAGCAAACUGUUUUAUUUUGAUUCAGGUUUCUUUCUCUUGAAGGACAAAAGAGUACAGCAGCAGUUCUAGGUAGAGAUUCUAUAUCGAACCAUAAAAAAAAACAUUUUUAUAAGAAUGUAUUUUUAUUAUAACUAGUGCUUGUGGGAUCUUCCUUAUGGAAAAAAAUAACAUCAUAUAUCAACUUAUCCUUUCAUUUUCCAAAGUCUUGGAGUUCAGAAUGAUGCCAGCAGGAAUCAUGACACCGAGGGAGAGGUGUGUAAUGAACUGUGUAGAGUUGGAAAAGAAUGUUAAUUAAAGCAGAUACUAAUUAUUUAAAGUAAAAUACGGAAAUAUUCUAGACGAGAUGAUUGGAUGAGCAUUUAGAAUGAAGAGGAUUUUUGUCCCUUCUGCAGCUAUAGCUUCAAAGCCCCAACAGCCCUUUCACAUUGAUUUAGAGGAAAUAUGCAACAUACUAUUGACCUUGUCAUAAGGCUACUCUGACAUGUUUGUGGAACUCAUCUGCGGAUGUUCUCAUCAGAGAGCUGAAGUAUGAUUAACAGACGUUCUAAAUCCAUCUGAGCUCAUCCAUGUUGUGGAGGUUUAUGAACCGAGCAAAGAACAACCAGUUUCAGCGGAAACAAUCACUCCUCUCACCGCCGACUUAACCACUAAUGAAAGCUGCUUGGAACUGACCAACAGCUGUUCGACAUGCAACAGAACGCCUGUGUGCCGUUUUUCCAUUGUAUUUUCCGCGGGUGAGGAUUAAAGGGUCUAAGGGACGUCAAAUAAAACUUCUGAAUCCCUAACAGAGAUGAAAAUAACAUGUCGGUGAUGGCAGGAAUUUACAUUUAUUUUUUUGUGAAGAAUAUUCAUAUCUGUAUGUGUGGGAGGGGGUGGGAGGCUUUUGUACAACAUCUUAUUACCUCUGUGUUUAAACAAUGGUAACAGUAACCAUGUUUUGAGCCAUAUUCAAUAAGAAAUACUCUUCUUAUCAAGAAGAAAGGGCCACACCUUGGAAAUAACUAUGUUAAUACAUUGUACCCCUUGUAGCAAGACUUCUUUGGAGUUUGUAAAAUUUGGAAUUUUAAAAACACCAACCUGAUUUGCACUGUUUCAGUCUGUGAAAGCUGAUCAGAUCAUAUUUAAAUGAAAUAAUGGCCUCCUAAUUGGAGGCAUUAGAUACAUUAUGAGGCAAGAUAUCAGACCCUGAAAGUAAAAACUGUUAAUUAUUAAAAAUAUGUAAAACAAAAUCAGUGCUACAAAUUUGAAAGGAAAAAAACUUAGCAGUUUGCAUCUAAAAUAGAAACACCUCAUUGCAACAUGUCACACCAUUCAGGAUGACAUCACACUAGAGUUAGAAUUUUGUUUUCCAGAUAUAGUUGUAUCUAAAAUGGGUUUUAGUACUCAAAAACCAUCCAUCCAUCCAUCAAUUGAUCCAUCCAUCCAUCCAUCCAUCCAUCCAUCCAUCCAGGAAGAACAAGCUAACUCCAAUUGGAAAGGGGCCAACUGGAACUCAAAUCCAGGACGUUCUUGCUAUGAUUCAAUCAGAAAUGUAGUUAAUUUUUAAAUUAAAAACUCAAUAUUCCUAAAGACAGACAUAUUGGAAUAAAUCCUAUAAAUAAAAAAUGUUUCCAAUCACCCUUCCUUCAUGAGAAAAUUCUCAGUGGGCUGCUUCUGUCUCCGUGUAUGCAGACCGGCUCCACAGACAUGGCUACUCCAGAGCAGAUCAUAAGCUGAGAAAGUGUUGCCAUGGUGAUACAGCUGAGUUCAGAUAGAGCCAAAUAAACGAAGGCAAAGGAAAGUAGAAACUGUGUGAAACCUGCACAUACAAAGAAAAACACAAGCAAAAAAUGAAUCAGUCUGAACAGAUCAACUGAAAUGAACUGAGCAGAGAUCAGAACCUCACAGCUGAAAACUGCACAAAAACAAACAGAACCAAAAUCCACAACUGUUUGGAAACAUGCAAGACUUCUAUGUGUUUGCACAGGGGCGUGCUCUCUUUUCUUGUGAAUAUGGGGGAAUUUUACUGCCAUAAUUUGAGAGCACACAUUUUCAGUUUGAAAGCAGGACUUAUGUCUUUCUUCUCAAAACUUGUAAUGCUUGUAGAGUUGUAGUAAUCCAGACCACUUUUUGAUUGUCUCGGUCUCGGGCGUUGAGGACUCUGGAUUUUAUUUCAAGAUCGGUCAAGAUCACAACUGCAGAAAUUUCACUAAAAAGCAUAUUGUCGGUAUGCAAAACAUACAGAUUAAAAUCCAAGCAAUAAGUUGACUUACAUAUUAUGUGUUUCUACUACUGCUGUCACACAUCGCCUUCUCUUUUCACUCGCAUGCGACGCUCCAAGACAUGCGCAGUGUUUGUCUCUGAGUGGCAGAUGUCUGCCUAAUCGUCAGUAAUAGAAUCCCGGUUUAUAAAUCAUAAGAUAUGGUGACAUGUAAAUUCAGCAGCGCUUCACUUUCAUAGACGGUGGGGAGUACGUCCAACUUUUGAAUUAUUGUGUGGAAGUGUUGACUGACGUGUCACUUAUAUGUGACAACGCUGAGACCAAAGUCUGCAAUAUAGUGAUGUGACAUUCACGAAUAAUCUGAUUGUUCUGAACGGCUCUUUACAGAAAGAUAGGACUGGAACCUCACUGAGAGCCGUUCUUUGUUCUUGUAGUGUUCUGUGUACACUGCAGUAGCUAUUAUUAUCUUAUUUAAUUAUAUACACUGAUAUUUAUUUAAUUAGUGAAUAAAUAAAACACAAGAAUGAAAGAGAAUGCAGAACAUGCUCUUUGAUUGUUUUCGUCACCUGUCAUGGUGGCAGACAUUACAACACUGUGCUGCCUGGCAGCGGGAGGGAGGGUGCACGCCUUCUGCUUGCUUACUUCUUGCUUAUCGCUCCUUGGACAGUGUUCAUAGUUGAGUUCAUACUUUACCGUUAGGGCAUUGACUUAAUUGCUAUGUAUAAUGGAGCAGACAGUGGUGGUUUCUGACAUGGACAAUAUGGGCAAACAGAUUGUGGAUUGUGGCACAGAGAUGGAAGCAAAGCAGAAUGAAGAGUUUGAAUUGAUAAUGAUAUUGGCAGCUAAAUUGUCGUUGCGGGACCUAAAUAGGAUCCCUCCCACCCCCACGAACUGACGCUGUUGUCACGGUUGCUUAGUGACGGUUGCUACGCAGCCGCAGUGAGCUGCUAUCAACCCGCGUCUUUUUAAAAUGUCCACCCGAUACUACACCAUCCUUAGAAAUAAAACCUCUGGCAAAAAUACAGACGUGAGUAAGAAGAUGCAGGCUAAACAAUUACAGUGAAGUUUAAUAGGGGCAUUUAAAAAAAUGUGUCGGCGAUAUUCAGGGCGCACAGUGGGUUGUUUGAUAUCAGACAGAAUGGAUCAGGAGAGGAACCGCAGACCCGUCAGAACCUAAAGAACCAGACAUCAGCCUCUACAUCCCUCAGUCAUUUCCUGAGACCAAAAAAUAAUAUAAAUGGCGAUUAAAAGAACAAAUCAUACAAA